UGGCCUGGGCAUGGACUUUGAAGAUGAUUUCUUCUUUGAAGAGGAUAAAAUCCUUAAUAUGCUUUCUUUUGGUCGUAAAAUGCAUGCCUGAAUGUUACUGUGUGGUGGAAAAGUUUAACAAGUGAUUUAAUUAUUUCAACCACGUUUACAAAUACUAGUAUGCUUCAAAGUUUACAUAUCAAUUUUGGAUAAAGCUUUUAUCGCUCUAACCACCAUACUAUUGGCUAGCAUGGAAAUACACCAACUGGCUAUGAUGGAAGAUCGCAUGCCAGAUAUAGAACUGGUCACGCAAGAUCAUAUAUAUAUACAGCCACAACUCGUCAAUCUGGGCAUGACAAUUACAUCUGGAAAUGUCGUAAUACAAAAGGAUACUAGUAAUCUAAUCGGUAUAAGUAUCGGCGGCGGUGCACCACUUUGCCCAUGUCUUUAUAUUGUACAAAUUUUCGACAAUACACCUGUUGCUGUAGAUGGUACCCUUCAAGCAGGAGACGAACUUGUGGCAGUGAAUGGAGCAUCAGUAAAGGGUAAAACUAAAGUGGAAGUUGCAAAAAUGAUACAAUCCUGCAAUUCGCAAGUCAGCAUUAAUUACAACAAGUUACAUGCUGAUCCAAAACAAGGUCGUACACUUGACAUUGCUUUAAAAAAGGUAAAGCAUAGAUUAGUUGAAGGAAUGGGUAGUACUACGGCUGAUGCACUUGGAUUAUCGCGAGCUAUCCUUUGUAAUGAUGCUCUUGUCCAAAGAUUGAUGAUGUUGAAGCGCACGGAAAAUUUCUAUAGAGGUCUCGUUACGCAUGCUAAAGCUACAUUACAUGCUUUUUUCGAUCUGAUACAAAUUUAUAAAGUAUUCGGGGAUGCUUUUGCUACCAUAGGUGUUCGAGAACCACAGCCACGUGCCAGUGAAGCCUUUAGACAAUUUGGAGAGCAGCAUAGGCAAAUGGAAAAGUUUGGAAUGAUAAUGUUAAAAACUCUGAAACCAAUAUUAAGUGACUUGGGAACAUAUCUUAAUAAAGCCAUACCAGAUACACGGUUAACCAUUAGCAAGUAUGCCGAUGCAAAAUUCGAAUAUUUAUCUUAUUGUUUAAAGGUGAAAGAAUUAGAUGAUGAAGAGCAAAGCUGUGUCGCUCUGCAAGAGCCUCUUUAUCGCGUUGAAACAGGCAAUUACGAAUAUCGUCUGAUACUAAGAUGUCGACAAGAAGCUCGUGCAAGAUUUGCAAAGCUUCGCUCAGACGUGCUAGUAAAGCUUGAACUGUUGGACAAUAAACACGUUCAGGAUGUUGUGUGGCAAUUGCACAAGUUUGCAGCAGGUUUAGCCAAGUAUUAUGCCAAUACACGGGAUUUAUUGUCGACAGUAACAUUAUUCCCGGUUGAAGUCGAUUUGUCACAUUCUGCAUUUCAAUACAAAUCUACCGGACCGCAAACUUUAACGGAUUUAAGUGAAGACAUUGAAGAGUACGAAUCGGAAGAAAAACAGCAGAACAUAAACGAAGAACUUCUCAUUGAUACAUCAAAUUUCCCAUUGAAUUUAACCGAUAAUACAUAGCAAUACUUCUUGAGUUUCUAAAGAAUUUCGAGAUAAAUAAGAUUUUUGUUACUAUAUACAUGAGGACUUAUAUAUGAGGACUAUAUAAUUUAAUUUCUGCUUUC